CCCCUUCGAAUCGAGAACCAGCGCAGCUCCUCCUCCGCCUUCUCCUCCUCCUCCUUCUCCGCCUCUCGCCGUCUCUCCCUCGCCGUGCGGACGAAAUCCCUAAUCUAUGCCUUGAUUGCAUCACUCUCUUGCUGUAUCUUCUCCAAAUUUUAGGGUUUCGGCGCUGCCCCAAACCCUAGUUGGUUUAUCGAUUUGAAGCUCGGAUUCGCCGGAGAUGAUCUCGUGAUCCGAUGGAAUUCCGACAGGGACUCGGGUACGAGAAGCACUGCCGGAUCACCAACGCCAGUGACUCCGAGAUCUUGCCCUCGCUGCCUCUUCCGUCUCUUCCUGUUUGCUGUGGGGAUGAAGAUCGCGUGCUCCAGCUUUCUGAUGAGCCUGCUCGCCAUGGACAUCCGGUUGUUGAUCGCCCUGAUGUCCUUGAUCAUGCAAGCGUGAUUGAGGGGCUUCUCAGGGGCUGUGAUGUAUCUUAUCUAAAUCUGAAAGAAGAUGCAAGAGGUGUUCUUGAGAGCUCGGGGAACUAUUCCAGGUUGUAUUAUGAAGUUCUCAAGUACAACCCUGAUGCUUUUCAGUGUCAAGGUCCAGGUUUUGUUCGUGAGGAUAGAUUUCAUGAUCCAACGGAUGAAAUAAAGUUCUUUGAGCAAAAUGCCCCCAUUAUUGGUCAACCACAAAGACAACAUAAAAGCUUGCUCUCUGAGCAUCUUGAGAAGAAUGUUGUUCAUGACCCAACUAGUUCUGCUGCAAGAAAACCAAAACUUAAGAAGAAAGAUGUCGAUUCUACACUUCAGUCAGCAGGAUAUGAUCUCUCUGAUCAUCAAGGGCGCAUUUCUAGCUUUUGUGAGAUGGUUGAGGAUUUCUGUGGGAGCGCAGAAGUCACUGAUGAUGUAAAUGGAGCAGAGGUGUCAGUGCUUUCUUUGGCUGAUGUGAAGCGACUUGUGAAUGAACUAACGUCGAUUCGUGCAAAGAAGGUUUUGCAGCUCAUUCCUCUUGAUACCUUAGUAAGACUCAUAAAUGUUCUGGAUCAUCAAAUUCGACACUGCCAAGAAAUGCUUCCUUUGUCUGAUGAAUGCUCGGUCUCCCAGCCUGAUCCAGAUGCGGUUUUCUGUGCAUUGGAGUCUACUCAUGCUGCUCUAGCUAUUAUGGCGCAUCAAGAUAUGCCAAAGCAGCUUUAUAAAGAAGAAGUGAUUGAACGUAUACUAGAUCUUACAAGGAAUCAGAUUAUGGAAAGCAUGGCUGCGUGUAAUCCAGCAUUUCGAGCCCUUCACAAACCAUGUGAAAAUGGUUUGGUUGAUGGCGAUGAGGAUGAAGAUGAUGAUCUUGAUAAUGGAUCAGUGACGAAGAAAAGGAGGAAUACAAGGACUGCUAAUAUUCGGAAGUCCACAGGGAACAAGGUUUCGGCGACUGUUUCUUCUGUGAUUCAGAAACUAUGUUCAAUUCUUGGGUUUCUCAAGGAUCUCCUGUCAGUGGAGCGGCUAACAGAUAGUUGCAUCUUGCAGUUAGUUAAAACAAGUUUUUCAACCUUUUUGGUAGAUAAUGUACAGUUGUUGCAGUUGAAGUCUAUUAAUUUGAUAUGUGGGGUAUUUGCGUCAUACACACAACACAGAAACUUCUUGAUUGAUGAAACACUUCAGCUUCUAUGGAAGUUGCAAGUUUCAAAGCGUGCUCUCAGAUCUUAUCAUCUUCCUGAUGAGGAACAAAAGCAAAUCCAGAUGGUCACUGCCUUAUUGAUCCAGCUGGUUCAGUCUAGUGCAAACUUUCCUGAAACACUGAAGUCAACGCCAAGUUGGAAUACUAUUUUAGAUGGCUCAGUUGAGGCAAGCUACCCAACUAAAUGCCAUGAAGGUGCAACUGAAGCGUGUUGCCUUUUCUGGACGAGUGUACUUCAGCGAUUUACCCAUGCCAAAGCGCAAGAUAUAUCUGAGGCAAAAGUGAUUUUGGAAAAUCUUGUGAUGGACCUACUAACAACAUUGAACUUACCUGAGUAUCCUGCAUCUGCGUCUAUUCUUGAGGUUCUUUGUGUCUUGCUACUUCAGAAUGCUGGGUUGAAGUCAAAGGACGUCUCUGCUCGGACAAUAGCUAUUGACCUUUUGGGAACAAUUGCAGCAAGGCUCAAGAUUGAUGCGGUCACUUGCAAGAGGGACAAACUUUGGGUUUUACGAGAACUAAAUGAUGAGUAUGGUGAAGUUCCUAGUGACAUGAAAGAUGUGUGUUCUGUUUGCCUGAGUGGAAGAGGUGCAAAUCUUGCUUGCCAGAGUUGCCAGAAAUGUUUCCAUGCAGAUUGUAUGGGAGUUGCUGGGCAGGAAAUUUUGCUUCGUGAUUGGUCUUGUCAUAUUUGUCUUUGUGAAAAGCAGCUUCUUGUUCUACAAUCAUAUUGCAAAUCACAGAGCAAAGAUUCUGACAAAAGGGUCAUUGCUAGCAAAGCUUCAGGGGCUUCAGAUUCCAUUACCCAUUUAGAAGUCAUUCAACAAAUUCUUUUGAACUACUUACAGGAAACUACUACACAAGACGAUGCAAAUUUAUUCACUCGCUGGUUCUAUCUUUGUUUGUGGUACAAGGAUGGGCCUCCAUCGCAAGAAAGGAUUAUUUAUUAUCUUGCUAAACUGAAAUCCAAAGCUAUCUUGCGGGAUUCUGGGGCUGAUUUGUUAUUGUCAAGGGAUUGGGCGAAAAAAAUAUGUUUAGCUUUGGGGCAAAACAAUUCCUUCUCAAGAGGGUUCGAUAAGAUCCUUUCUCUUCUCCUGGCAAGUUUGAGGGAAAACUCUCCUAUACUACGGGCCAAAGCCCUACGCGCAGUAAGUUCUAUAGUUGAAGCUGAUCCAGAGGUUUUGUGUGAUAAACGUGUUCAAUGUGCUGUUGAAGGAAGAUUUUGUGACUCUGCUAUCUCUGUCCGUGAAGCUGCUCUGGAACUUGUUGGCAGGCAUAUUGCCUCUCAUCCAGAUGUUGGUUUGAAAUACUUUGAAAAGGUUGCUGAACGGAUAAAAGAUACUGGCGUCAGUGUCCGAAAGCGUGCCAUUAAAAUUAUUAGAGACCUAUGUAUUUCUAAUCCUGCCUUUCCCGAAGCAUCAAAUGCUUUUAUCGAGAUCAUUUCUCGUGUUAGUGAUGAAGAAUCUAGCAUACAGGACCUGGUUUGCAAAACAUUUUAUGAGUUCUGGUUUGAAGAACCUUCUGGAAAUCAGACCCAGUUUGUUGCUGAUGGUAGCUGUAUCCCUAUGGAAGUCGCCAAGAAAACUGAGCAGAUUGUAGAUAUGUUGAGAAAGAUGCCCAAUCAUCACCUUCUUGUUACCAUUAUAAAGCGAAACUUAGCGCUUGAUUUUCUUCCACAAUCUGCCAAAGCUACUGGGAUCAAUGCAGUAUCACUGGCAACUGUCCGAAAGCGCUGUGAGCUGAUAUGCAAACGGCUAUUAGAAAGAAUUCUUCAGGUAGAGGAGGGAAGUGAUGAGGAUGAUGAGGUCCGUGCGCUCCCUUAUGUACUAGCUUUGCAUGCUUUCUGUGUUGUGGAUCCAAUGCUGUGUGCCCCUGCAACCGAUCCAUCCCAAUUUGUUGUCACAUUGCAGCCUUACCUUAAGAAUCAGGUUGACAAUAAAGCAAUUGCUCAAUUGCUUGAAAGUAUAAUCUUUGUAAUUGAUUCUGUCCUUCCAUUGCUCCGGAAACCACCUCAGAAUGUUAUUGAGGAACUCGAGCAAGACCUAAAGCACAUGAUUGUACGACAUUCUUUUCUGACCGUUGUCCAUUCCUGUAUCAAGUGUCUUUGUUCACUUAGUAAAAUUGCUGGGAAAGGUGCAAGCUUAAUUGAUUACCUGAUUCAGAUAUUUUUCAAACAUUUGCAUGGACCUAGUUCAGAUAAUCGACAGCUGUUGGGGCGUUCUCUUUUCUGCCUUGGCUUGCUCAUUAGGUAUGGUAAUGAACUAAUUUUAGCAAGGAUUCGUGAACCUCUUCAUGUAGUGAAGAGUCUCUCCUUGCUUAAAGGAUACCUACUCAUGGAGGAUUUUGGCUUGAAAGUUCGAGCUUUGCAGGCAUUAGGACAUAUCUUGAUUGCUAGGCCUGAGUGCAUGUUGGAAAAAGAUAUUGGGAAAAUAUUAGAGGCUUCACUGUCUGCUGAGGCUGAUACUCGAGUGAAGAUGCAAGCGCUGCAAAAUCUGUAUGAAUACCUCGUUGAUGCGGAAAGCCAACUCAGUAAAGAUGGUGUGAGCAAGGCUGCAACUGAAUAUCCUGAAGACAUUAGCAAUAAAGUGCCUGUGGCUGCAGGUGCCGGAGACACUAAUAUCUGUGGGGGUAUCAUUCAGCUGUAUUGGAAUAACAUAUUGGAACGAUGCUUGGAUGUGAACGAUCAAGUUCGACAGUUUGCUCUUAAGAUUGUUGAAAUUGUUUUGCGGCAAGGCCUGGUCCAUCCUAUUACAUGUGUUCCAUGCCUUGUUGCACUUGAAACUGAUCCCUUGGAGAGCAACUCAAAGUUGGCUCAUCAUCUGCUCAUAAACAUGAAUGAAAAAUAUCCUGCUUUUUUUGAAAGCCGUCUAGGAGAUGGUCUCCAGAUGUCUUUUAAAUUUAUUCAAUCAAUGGCAGGCGAUCAUAAUGUUUUCUCAGGACAAGUGAAAGGAAAAUCUGAUAGCAGCAGGCUAGCUUUUGUCAGGCAUGGCAUAUCUCGAAUAUACAGGCUUAUUCGAGCCAAUCGUGUUUCAAGGAACAAAUUCAUGCACUCGAUAGUGCGGAAAUUUGAAUCUGCCAGUUGGAUUUAUUCAUCACUUCCCUUUCUUGUAUACUGCACAGAAAUUCUGGCCUCCCUCCCAUUUUCAUGCCCCGAUGAACCCCUUUACUUAAUUUAUGACAUAAAUCGAGUGGUACAACUUAGAGCUGGGGCGAUUGAGUCCAGUAUAAAAAUGUGGAGCAGCUCCUCCCAGCAGCAGGAUUCAUUGAAGGCCUGGGAUGAGAAUCAUAUGGGCAAUGUCUUUUCAGUUCAUCAAGUGUCUGAUCAGACCCUAUCUGAUUCUACAAUGACGACAUCAGAUAAUUCUUGUGGUAUUUCUAAGGAAGAUCUGCAGAAGUCUCAGGCUGAUUUUCAUGAUGCAAUUGCUUUGCAACUCCUACUAAAGCUGAAAAGACAUUUGAAGAUUGUUUACAGUCUGAACGAUGCUCGAUGUCAGGCCUUCUCUUUAAAGGAACAUCCGAAGGUUGGCGAGACAAUCUCCAGGCAAAACAUUCCCUUUAACAUGAGUGACAUUUCAAUUACUUUGCCGACCUCUUACCAAGAGAUGGUUCAGAAAUAUCAGGAAUUCAAGACAGCGCUGAGGGAGGACACUAUGGACUAUACUACCUACUCGGCAAACAUCAAGAGGAAGCGCCCGACCCCAAGAAGCUCACGAGGUGGGAGGGGUACCCAAGAAAGGUUUGACGAUGGUGAUGAUGAUGAGGACGAUGAAGACUGGACUGGCGGGGCUCGCAGGCUCAGCUUCAGCGGUCAAAAGAGGGUAACCCGGCAACGGUUGUAAGUAUGACCAAUAGCAUUACUAACUGUACAUUAUGAAAGAUUUCCUUUAGGCCAAUUUGAGAGAAUAGGGAGGUAAUUCAAAAUCAUUUCUUCACCUGUUUUAGAUGUCUCUCAUUGUAGUUUGUACUCUUAAGAAAGGGUAGUGCUCUUAGUGUUUUUGUAGCUUUUGCUCUCAACAUAGUCAGGGGCUGCAGCAGCUUUUAUAUUCGGAUUUUGCUUCUUCAAAUCAAUGAAAUUCAUUCUUCUUUUUA